GUGUCUGGCGGCGGCUGCGGCUGCGGGGCCGGUGCGGGCGGAGGGGCGCAGCGGAGGGCGGCCCGCUCCCUCGCUCGCUAAGAUGGCGGCGGCGGCGGCGGCGGCCGUGGCGCGGCUGGAGGGCCGAGAGUUCGAAUACCUCAUGAAGAAGCGCUCGGUGACCAUCGGCCGCAACUCGUCGCAGGGUUCGGUGGACGUGAGCAUGGGCCACUCCAGCUUCAUCUCCCGGCGCCACCUGGAGAUCUUCACCGCUGCUCCCCCGCCGCCGCCACCGGCCGGCGCGGACGGGCCGCCGCCUCCGCCUCAGGGAGACCCCGCAGCUGCCACCGGCGGCGGCGGAGGGGACUUCUACCUGCGCUGCCUCGGCAAGAACGGCGUCUUCGUGGACGGCGUGUUCCAGAGGCGAGGGGCACCGCCGCUGCAGCUGCCCCGAGUAUGUACUUUCAGGUUUCCCAGCACAAACAUCAAGAUAACAUUCACAGCUCUGUCCAAUGACAAGAGAGAAAAACAGGAGGCCCCGGAGUCCCCAGUGAAGCCUGUGCAACCUCAGAUCUCUCCCUUAACAAUAAACAUUCCAGACAACAUGGCUCACCUGAUCAGCCCUCUCCCUUCUCCCACAGGAACUAUCAGUGCUGCAAAUUCCUGCCCAUCUAGCCCCCGUGGUGCAGGCUCUUCAGGGUACAAAAUGAGUCGUGUAAUACCAUCUGACCUACAUUUAAUGGCUGACAAUUCCCAGUCAGAAAAUGACAAGGAAGCAUCGGGUGGAGAUAGCCCAAAGGACGACUCUAAGCCACCUUACUCCUAUGCACAGUUAAUAGUACAAGCAAUUACAAUGGCACCUGAUAAGCAGCUUACACUAAAUGGAAUUUAUACGCACAUAACUAAAAAUUAUCCAUACUACAGGACAGCAGACAAGGGCUGGCAGAAUUCAAUACGCCACAAUCUCUCUCUGAAUCGUUAUUUCAUCAAAGUACCACGUUCCCAGGAAGAACCAGGCAAAGGCUCAUUCUGGAGGAUAGACCCUGCCUCUGAAAGCAAAUUAAUAGAGCAGGCUUUUAGGAAAAGGCGGCCUAGGGGAGUACCUUGCUUUAGAACCCCUCUGGGACCACUCUCUUCUAGAAGUGCCCCAGCUUCUCCUAAUCACUCUGGAGUGUUGUCUGCACACUCCAGUGGAGUCCAGACCCCCGAGAGUCUGUCCAGGGAAGGAUCUCCAGUCCCGAUGGAACCUGAGCCUAGUGCUAUCCAGCCAAAACUAGCGGUAAUACAAGAAGCACGAUUUGCACAGAGUGCCCCAGGAUCACCUCUAUCUAGCCAACCAGUUUUAAUUACUGUACAACGGCAGCUACCACAAACUAUUAAACCCGUCACCUACGCUGUUGCAACUCCUGUGACAACAUCAACAUCCCAGCAGCCUGUAGUUCAGACAGUUCAUGUUGUCCACCAGAUACCAGCUGUGUCUGUCACAAAUGUGACUGGAUUAGCACCAGCAAACACUUACACUGUAGCUGGACAGGCAGUGGUCACACAAGCUGCUAUGGUAACCCAGCCCAAGGUAGAACCUCAAGAGAAUGGAGACCACAAGGAAGUUAAAGUUAAAGUGGAGCCUAUACCUGCAAUUAGUCAUGCCACAAUAGGAGCUGCUAGUCGUAUCAUUCAGACAUCUCAGACCACCCCCUUACAGACAGUUACUAUAGUGCAACAAGCACCUCUAGGUCAACACCAGCUACCAAUAAAAACUGUAACGCAGAACGGAACGCACAUAGUCCCCAUCACCACUGCCAUACAAGGACAGGGCAAUGCUGCUGCUGCGAGUCCCUUGCAUAUGUUGGCCACCCAUGCGUCUGCCUCAGCAUCGCUCCCCACAAAGCGCCAGAACGGAGACCAGUCUGAACAGCAGGAACUCAAACGUAUCAAAACAGAGGAUGGAGAGAGCAUAGUCAUAGCUGUUAACGUGGACACCCCGUCCGUGGCAGUGAGUGAUAAAGGCAGCCAGAACUAGAAACUUAGGGGAGCUUUCUUUUCUGUUUUCUCUUUUUGUUUGUUUGUUUUGUUUCCUUUUUUUUUUUUGUUUGUGUUUUUUCUUUUUUUUAAAAAAACAAAAAACAAAAAACAAAAAACAAAACUCCAUGGUGCCAAAAGGAGACACUUAAACGUAACACCUAAAACGUUGGAACAUGUUCUCACGCAGUGGGGAAAGGGGCCCUGUGAUCAGACUUCAACUUUCAGCACUGAAAAAAACAAAAACCCAACACAGAUGGCCUUAAAACUUGGUAAUUUAAAGUCAAACUGCAAAACAUCUUGUUCCAGAGGCUGUGACCCCCGCUCUUCCCUGCCCCCUACUGAACUGUGUACACUGAGACUCCAGUGUUGGGGAGGGCUGCAGCUUUAACAGAAUCUCUAUCAGAUUAUUUUAAGGACUGAGUAUCUCAGUGUAACGGCAGCAUGAUAAGCGCUUAGUGUGAACUGGUUUCAAACGAUUGUAUAUUCCUCAAAGGGAACAGAGGCAAGGAGCCAUUUCCUACAUCUUGGCAGCUAGCCUUUCAUAAUGACCUACCCAAUGCAGUUGUUGGUAGAUAUGCAGUAUUUUGUUGUUCACAUGUGGAAUUAGAAAAAUUUUGAGGUGUAUUUUCAUUUCUUUGCAAAAUAAUGGGGUCUUUGACAUUUCAAAUCACUCCAUUUCUACUCCGGAAACUUUGGAAUCACACAAUACUUUUCAUGUGAAAUUUUGUUUGGUAUAAAACUGAAUGUAGGGUUUUUUUAACCAAUGGAAUGAUUUACUUUUGUCUGUCCUGUUAAAGUUCAGAUGAAGCUACUUUAUUACAUCUGCAAAUUUUCAUAUUUUAGCAGUUGCCUGAUAAAUUUAAUCAAAUUUUAUUACCAUGUGUAGUGAUCAAAUGCUUCUUUGGGCUUGCAUGUAACUGAUUAGAAAUUACAAUGUAAAUGAGCCGUUAACUGACGUAAAGAACUGCUAUGAAUUUGACCAGAGCUGCACUUACCUGUUUCUCUUUCUGCUACCUUUUGCUGUUUGUUACUUUGUGUUGACUUUGACUGUCCCUGGCAUAUUUUUCCAGUCUAAAGUAAAACAAGAGUCUCGCUUAAUAUUGUGUAUGUUUAAGAUAACAGACUGUUCUUCAUUUAGAAAGAUGAAAUUCUUUAUCACAAGUCCUUUUAAAAAGAGUAAAAUUAUCUUGUCAGAGGUAUAUUCGAUAUUUUUAAGCUUAAGCACCCAUCAGUAGAAAUUAAUCUGACCAGUUUCUCCGUAACACUUUUGGUGUCAUACACUGACCCUUUGGGGGGUCUCCAUUAAGAGUAGCUGUUGUGGUUUUCUAACAGUGGCUACCAGAUUUUUUGGUUUGGUUUUUUUUUUUUUUUUUUAAAGUGUGUGUUCUGCAGUUGAACAUUUUAAAAUGUAUUGGUAAUUUCUCACUUUAAUUGUGGUAAUAGAUUCCACUUUACAUUUCAAGAUUAAAUUUGAACAUAAGGCUGCUGUUCAGUCUUUAAUUCACAUCCUGUCUGAUUUCCUCAUGCAGUAAGGUGAGUGGAAGCUAGGUAGUUGGCUUCAUUUGAAUCUGAGUUUUGUCAUUUUCUGUAAUAAUGAUGCAUUAUUUAUAUUUCCUUUCUCACUAUGAAAGGAGGAAAAAAAAACCACAAACCUGUAUUUUCACGAUGGACUGAACAGUUUGGAGUGGUUUAUUUAGGCAGCUUUUGGGAACUAUUUACCUAAAGACCAAAUAUGAGAAAUCUGUACAAGUUAUGUGUUCAUCCACAGAAUGGAACUGUUACGAUGUCUCUGCAGAUAAUGCAUAUUAAAAAACUAUGAAACAAAACCUCUACACAAGCUGAAUUUAUAACAGGAAUUAAAAAAAAAACAGGCAAAGAAAAAAAAAAAGUAUAACCUGAAAAGCAACAUUUCUGUAAAACUGCAACAUUUUCUUUAGAGGUUUUAAAAAUAAUAAUAAUAAUUAAAAAAAAAAGAAGUAAAGUUUUAACAUACUUUUUUUAAGGAAAAAAAAAAAUAUCCAGUACUAGUAAUUUAAUUUGGUGUUGAAUGAAUUGACUAGAAUGUGGUUUAUUUUCAGAAGUGAGAAAUCUGUUCACAACUAGGGCUAGGUGAAUAAUAGUGUAUAAGAUUUUUUAAAUAAAAUUAAAUUUUAUUCAGCAAAUUAA